AUUUAUUUAUAAUUUUAAUAAAUUAAUUUGUAAAAGUAUUAAUUAAAGAAUAUCUUAUAAAAUGAAGUUUAAAAUAAUAGAAUACAACAAAAAAUAUGAUUUUUAGCUUAAAAAGUUGUACUUAAAUAAUAUAACAAGAACUGCUACUCCGGAUGGUUAAAUUUACUAGAGCUAGUUAUUUGAAAAAUAUGGAUAUUUGAAAAUGUUUAUAUGCUAUUUUAUUUUUGGUUUGCUCCUCUAUAUUUUGCUUUAAUUGCUAAUAAAUCAAAUAAUGGCUGUAAUUUUUACUGUACUAAUUUUGUUAGUAUUCUUUCAACAAGGUUAUGUUAUUGUAUUAGUAAAAAUUCUAAUUUACUACUACUGCUUUAAUGUCUUUAUUCAUGAUUUUAGAAAUAUUGAUUAAUACUAUGGUAGUAAAAACAAUAAAUUAUGGCUUGCAAUAGAUGAGGAAUAAGACGAUGUUUUAGGAGUAGCAGCUUUAGAUGAAAGUACCUCAUUACUUGACGAUUUAAACUUAUGGGAUACAGUCUUAUCAGAUGAAAAUUAAAAAUAAAAACAUAAAACUCAAGUGUGUGAAUUAAAAAGAAUGUCUGUUUCUCCAAAGGCAGCUGGAAAAGGUAUAGGAAAAGCUUUAACUGAGAGAUUUAUCUAAUAUGCUGAAAGUAAGGGAUUUGAGUAUGCUUUUUUGACAACAUAUAAAUUUAAUAAAGCAGCAACUAAAUUAUACGAGAAAUUAGGGUUUUAAAUAAAAUAAAUAAUUCCUUUCGACUCUAUUCAUAAUAUUCUUAAUUUAGAAGUAUCAUUUAUGGUAAAAUAAUUUAACUCUACUAAAUCAAAAUGAGUAGCAUAUGUUUGUUUGUAUUUUUAUACUGAGUGUGAAUGGCAACAUUUGUAACUUUUACUUUUUUCAAAUUAUUUUUUAUAUAUUUAGGAAAUUUAAAUUAUUUAAAAUUUAAAGUAAAAUGUUAGUUUGAUUAUUUUUAAAAUUUAAAAAUUUUAUUUAUUUUUUAAUAUUAAUUUAAUUUAUGUAAUUACAUAUCUUCCUUAGAUAUGCGCUUAUGUUGUCUUUUUCAAUUUAUUUAUUUACUUUAUUAUUUAUUUAUUUAUUAUUUAUUCUUUAAUUUAGUUUUAUUUAAUUUGUUUUUGUUUAAUUCUUUUAUUAAAUAAUAUCUUUCAUUUUUUUCUUAUUAUUUAUUUUUAUAUUUUUUUAUUUUUAUUUUCAUUUUAAAAUAAUUUUAUCUAUGUUUCAAAAGCAAGGAGAGUGAGAGUUGCAUGAGAUCAGAUGACUUAAGCAAGGUACCUAUAAAAAAUACUUUUAUAUAUUUGUUUUAUCUAAGAGAGAAUUUGAUGAUAAUUUCAUCUUUUUUGUGAUUUUUUUAUUGACAAAGAAUUUCUCUACAGUCAAAUUUAACAUUAUUAAUCUAAUCGCUAUGGGGCUUUCUAAUUUCUACACUACCAUUAAGCUUGUUUAAAAAACUUAUCCACGAAAAACUGCGAUUAAAUCAUUUUAUAAAUUUGUCGAGAAACUAGUGCAUUUAUUUUAAGCAUGCACCAAGCAAUUUUAUUUAUUUGGAAUUUUCUUUUUUAAAAACUCUUAAUUAAUUUUUUUCCUCUUUUAAUUAAUUAU